AUGUCUGUAAUGGAGAUAAUACAAGAUGACAUAUUUGAUUUGGACAUUUCAGUGAAUUUAUUGGAACAAUUUAUAAGUAAACAGAAUUGGGUUUGCGAAAAGUAUCAAAUUUGCAGUGGAAAUUAUAUUUAUAAUAUGUGGUGA